AUGCCUGAGCUAGCAGAGAUCCACCGCAUUGUGCAUUUCAUUCGUGAGCACCUGGUUGGGAAAACGCUGUCCAAAGUACAAGCCCAACAUGACGAUAUUAUAUUUGGCAAAGUUGGCACUAGUGCCACCGAAUUUCAAAAGGCAAUGCAAGGGAAGAAGAUUGUGGGAGUAGGCCAACAAGGGAAAUAUUUCUGGCUCACAAUGUCUUCACCACCACACGCUGUUAUGCACUUUGGGAUGGCUGGCUGGCUGAAGAUCAAGGAUGCCGACACAUACUACUAUCGAACCGACAAGCCUGUAGAUCAGGAAUGGCCUCCUAAAUAUUGGAAGUUUCUACUGGAGACAAACGACGGGCCGAAAACAGAGGCAGCAUUUGUGGAUGCCCGCAGGCUUGGUCGCAUUAGACUGGUGGAUUGCCCCGCUGGCGAGAUUCGAAAUCACACUCCGCUCAAGGAAAAUGGGCCAGAUCCAGUCGCCGACAAAGAUACUGUGGAUGAAGCAUGGUUGACAGACAAACUGGGAAAGAAAAAAGUGCCGAUCAAGGCCCUUCUGCUAGACCAGGCGAAUAUCAGUGGAAUCGGAAACUGGAUGGGCGAUGAGAUUCUCUACCAUGCCAAGAUACACCCAGAACAGUACAGCAAUACCUUGAAUGAUGAUCAGAUCAAGGCGCUGCACUCUGCCGUUCACUACGUCUGCUCCACAUCUAUUGGUGUGCUGGCAGACUCAGAGAAGUUCCCCGAGCACUGGCUUUUCAAGCACCGCUGGGGCAAGGGGAAGAAGAACCAGCCCGCCGCCUUACCCAAUGGAGAUAAGAUCACUUUCCUCACCGUUGGAGGUCGAACUAGUGCCGUUGUUCCAGCUGUCCAGAAGAAGACUGGCCCUGUCGCCAAAGAAGUUGACGAAGACAUUGCGAAACCCACACCAGCCAAUUCCAAACGGAAACGGGUGGCAAUAAAGAAAGAAAGUGACACCGAAGCAGAAGAUAUGACACAGACAAAGAAGCGAGAAACCCCAAAGCGAAAGGUCCCAUUGAAAAAAAGUGAGUGCUUUGAAGAGGAGAAGCCAAACCCCGCUGUUCUUGGUACAAGACGAUCUGCCCGUACAUCUAAGUGA